AUGCGGCCAAAGGGCCUGAACUUGAGGCUACUACUUGUGUUGCCGUACAUGCUCUUAAUCGCGACAGGAAGUGAUGUGUUUUGUGGAAAUCUGACCGUCUUCAAACAGAAAUGGUUCUCCAAAGAUGCUCAAACUCUCGCGGCUCAGAAGGCCAACGACCUAAAGCAAUGUCUGGAUGCCUGCUGUGCCAUACAAGGUAAGAUUACAUGUUUACGACACUCUAAUGUUGGCAUUAGCGCCGACGAAAACAGAAAUCUUUUGGAAAAAGUGAAAUUUUGUGAAAUUUGAGAUUAUAAUGUAGGGGAGAAAGACUUGUUGCGACAGUUUUUUGUCGAGUCAACUGUUGCUCUUCUUCAGGGAAUUGAUGGAAUUCUGUAAAAUGAUGUCUUCCUGAACCAAAAACGAGAUUACAGACAUUUGUAGCUAAUGAAAAAUAUUCUUAAUAUGUGGAUCUAUGCCCUUCUUUUUCAUAUUGCGGUAUAUUCAUAGAAAAAGCUUAAUUUUAACGGUUUUAGUGUGCAAUGCCCUCACUUUUAUGGGGUUUCUGGGUAAUUCGUCCUCGGUUCCGGCUGCCAAUUGUGUCCUCUUCCAAUGUUCGGACAAUUGCGUGGCUGUAGAUGAACAUGAAGCCGCUGAAGGAGUUAUCAGUGUUCAGAUCAAGCGGAAACCAGAGGUUAUCAGUCAGAAGGUAAGUCUUUACAUUAAGUUUGUUAUUUUGACUAAAACAAUGUCUUUUCGAAUUCUAAAAGUUGGAACGGUCUAAAAGGCACCUAUUAUGUUCUGACAUGGUUUUAUGUGUGUUACAAGGUAGAGUCUACUUUGUUUUUGAACAGAAAAUGUCUACAAUAGACUGUUAAUCGAGUUAGGGUUUACAAAACUGAUGUUAAUGUAGUUUUUCUCUCUGUACUCUCUCUUUAUUUUACCACAUCUCGCUAAUUAGGUAUAGUGAAAGUAACGGCUAGCCCUAAGUAAGUAGAUUGUAAAGGUUCAAAGAGCGUAAACAGAAGAAGGGAACAAUCUUCUACAAUAUUAAUAUAGAACAAGUCUAACCAAUAUGGCCAGAAAAGUUAG